UACGGGGGUAAUUCUUCCUUGUUGCCCCGACGCUCAGUCCAAUGCAAAGCAAAAUUAGUGCUUAAUAGGGAAGCGAGCCUGCCUCGGCCGGCGGUCAUAUUACUGUCCAACCGCGCCGUCGCCGCCCACGGAUAACGUUAUAAUUUCUUCACCACGUCGUGUUUUUUUGCUAUUUAUUUGCCUGUCUUUCCCGUAACUACCAGCAGAGUUAUUCAUUUUCUCGGUACGGAGGGCCACAGAGAAACGGAGGAAGUGUUUUUGUUCAGUUCUUUGUAAAUGUCUCCUCCACCUGAAAAAAGAGGGGCUUCUUCUGCUCAACCUCAUUUAGGGCGGCGCAGGCACAAUUCUGAGGAGGGGGAAGCUUCUUCUUCUUCUGCAGCUAGGAGCUUAAGGCCAGAGUCACAUGAGGUAGAGGUUUCGGCUGAGGAUGAUAAUGAAGGCCUUGUAUGGCCUGAGCCGUUUGUGGAGGCGGUGGCAAGGAAAGUGGCUCUUGCGGCUGCCCAAGGCGGCGGAGCGCUGGCUGCUGCACCUGCUCUUGUGACCGUGUUUCAGGUGUGCUCCACCUGGCGGACUAUUUCCCAUUCUGAAAUUCUGUGGGAGGCCCUUGUGCAAGAUGUCUGGGAGUGGGACACAUCACAAACAACACGAAGACCGCAAUCUUGGCGUGACGAAUACAUUCGCCUUCACUCGACGGCAUCCAACUUCCGUCACAACCGAGCCAAAUACACUCUGAUUGAAUACGAAGUGUCCAGCGAUUCAAGCGGCAACGGUGCCGGAGCCGUUUGUCGGUGCCUUACUCUGUCGCCGGAAUAUUUGGCCGUCGGUUUUUUUGACGGGGCUGUACGCAUUUUUAGCCUGACGAGCAAAGAAUGCGUUAAUACAAUGAAGCCCCCUCACGAGAAUCGUCUGGGGCCGUUGUCCAGGGCCAUUUCGGGAAUUGUUAUAAACGAUGAUAGAGUCGUUUUCGCGUCAUUUGACGGAAAUGUGUUCGUUGGGGAAGUUUUGACGGGGCUUGUCCGGCGCGCGCAUGUGGGCAACGUUGUGAACGAUGGCACGCUGGUGGACUUCACCGGCUCGGAGAAGUUUUGGGUGGGUUUGUAUGCUGGUAUCCCCGGUCAUGCCUGUCAUAUUUGGGAUGCCGUGACAGAGCAAUUAGUGUUUAAUGCCGGAGACAUUACCGAUUCGGAGGCACUGCGAGGGUGGCGUCUGUUGACGGAACAAGCGGAGCGCAUUGGGCGCGUGAGAGUUAACAGAGAUGGAAUUCUUCUCACUGCAACGCGGUUCAAGGUUACAGUAUUCGACCUGGAGAGUUAUGGAGUUUCCUUUAGGAGAGAGGAAAUUGCUAUGGAUGAACAACAACAGCUUAUAGUGGAAAGCGUAGACGCAAAUAAUGACUGGUUCUUGACUGCGUCAGAUGACGGCGCCGCAAGAAUUCGCCGAAUUACUGAUUUUGAAGAUAGUUGGGCUUUUUCCUUCGCCGAAGCAGCCGCAACAGAUGCCAAUUCUGCCAACUCCACUACCAGCACCAGCAGAAGUAGCAGUGGUAAUACAAAUAGCGAUCGUCGUAAUAGAGUGAGGGUUUUUGGGGCUCUAAAUACGCGGCAGGCGUUUCUUUGCAUUGAAGGGUCGGUGCACGCGUGGGAUGCCAAGUCUGGCAUGCGUCUCUACCGCUUGGACGAAUGGAUGGGCGAGGUGUUUGAUCUGGUGGCUGACGAUGAACACGUGGCGGGUUGCGCAAUCGACACAGGAAUCCAUCUAUGGAGUUUCAGACCUUGAUCUAACGAGGAAGAAAGGUUUUGUUUUUAUUUUUAUUUUUAUUUUGUCUGUUUUUGUCUGUUUUUGUCUCUUUCUACAAACUCACAGUAACGUAGGGCUGAGAGAGUUUUUACACUGUUUGAUGGGAGUGUAUUGCAAAGCAGCAUAAUGGGAAGCCGCAGCCUGAAUAUUCUGAUGAAUUUAGUAAAAAUCAUUCUUUUUGAUUGAAUUCCUGACAAUCAAAUCUGAAGGAAUAUUUUUUCACUGAA